AUGGGCAGGAGGAUGCGGGACGCCGCCGCCGCCGCCGCCGCCGCCGCGGGGCUCUGGCUGCUGGCGCUGGGCUCGCUGCUGGCGCUGUGGGGCGGGCUCCUGCCGCCGCGCACCCAGCCGCCCGAAGACCGACUCCCCCGGCGCCCGGCCGGGAGCGGCGGCCCGGGGCCCGCGCCUCGCUUCCCCCUGCCCCCGCCCCUGGCGCGGGACGGCCGCGGCGGCUCCCUGAAAACUUUCCGGGCGCUGCUCACCUUGGCGGCCGGCGCUGACCGCCAGCCCCGGAGGCCACCGGGUGAGCGCGGGCGGCACGUGCCAGCCGGGCGGCCGGGUCCCGAGGGGCGCGCCGCGGUGCACGGGGGCGUCUUCUGGAGCCGCGGCUUGGAGGAGCAGGUGCCCCGCGGCUUCUCCGAGUCGCAGGCGGCGGCGUGGCUGGAGGCGGCACGCGGCGCCCGGGUGGUGGCCCUGGAGCGCGGCGGCUGCGGGCGCAGCUCCAACCGGCUGGCUCGCUUCUCCGACGGCACCCGCGCCUGCGUGCGCUACGGCAUCAACCCUGAGCAGAUACAGGGCGAGGCCCUGUCCUACUACCUGGCGCGCCUGCUGGGCCUCCAGCGCCACGUGCCGCCGCUGGCACUGGCCCGGGUGGAGGCUCGCGGCGCGCAGUGGGCGCAGGUGCAGGAGGAGCUUCGCGCGGCGCACUGGACGGAGGGCAGCGUGGUGAGCCUGACGCGCUGGCUGCCCAACCUCACCGACGUGGUGGUGCCCGCGCCCUGGCGCUCCGAGGACGGCCAGCUGCGGCCCCUGCGUGCCGCCGGGGACGAGCUGGCCAACCGCAGCCAGGCGGAGCUGGUGGACCUGGUGCAGUGGACCGACUUGAUCCUUUUCGACUAUCUGACGGCCAACUUCGACCGGCUUGUCAGCAAUCUCUUCAGCCUGCAGUGGGACCCGCGCGUCAUGCAGCGCGCCACCAGCAACCUGCACCGCGGCCCCGGCGGGGCGCUGGUCUUUCUGGACAACGAGGCGGGCUUGGUGCACGGCUACCGGGUGGCGGGCAUGUGGGACAAGUAUAACGAGCCGCUGCUGCAGUCGGUGUGCGUGUUCCGCGAGCGGACAGCGCGGCGCGUCCUAGAGCUGCACCGCGGCCAGGACGCGGCCGCCCGGCUGCUGCGCCUCUACCAGCACCACGAGCCUCGCUUCCCGGAGCUGGCCGCGCUCGCCGAUCCCCACGCUCAGCUGCUGCAGCGCCGCCUCGACUUCCUCGCCAAGCACAUUUUGCACUGUAAGGCCAAGUACGGCCGCCGACCGGGGACUUAGCGUCCCCCGGAAGAAGAGAGGGAGAGACCCCCUGGCUGGGGAAUGGAUGAUGGGGGAAGGGCCGUCGCCUCGGCCACCGCCUGGGACCGGCCAACGCCCAGCCAGUGGCCCCAGCGGCAUGGAGGCUGAAACUUCACGGCUUCACCCACCUGCCCCUUUCUCUCAGCCUCGCGCUGUUUCCUUUCCCAAGUUCGGGGAGGACGAGCUCACCGGGGCGAGAAGUGUAACAGCCCCUCCGCCCAGCCUAUAAAAGGAUUCUGCCCUGCGUCAGCACGGAGUUUGGAUCCGAAGAAACUGGCGGCCGGAGUCUGGCCCCCGGCUGGCCGUCUCUGUGGGAGAUGCAUCCCAUUCCCUGGCCCCCUCAUUCCCCUUUCCGAAAAAGGAAAACUUCUAUUUGAGCCGUUGAGCUAAUUGUGCAUUUUCUCCCCAAAUACGCGCUGGUGGCCCCGGAGCAGGGCUGUGACAUUGGCUGGUGGAGCCCCCUUCCUGUGUUCUGCCUUUGUUCCAGCACCGUUCAUGGUGAGAUCACUGUUAGGAAGGGGUGGGGGAGGCUCCCGAUAGGACAAAGAGAGCAAGACCUUCAGAACGGGAGGGGGGGGUCCUCCAGACCCUGACAAUUUGUCUGACUUGUUCCUUACCCCAUGUCUUUUUGGCCUAAAGGCUACAAAUGCAGGACCGGCCGUAUUGCACUGAGUCAAGUAAUGAAUUUCUUCUUCCUCCCCCCUCCCCUCCGACCAAAAUUUUGACAAUGAUGAUGUUCACCAGAAGAAAA